AUGCCUUGCAAAAAUUGCUACAAUUCGAAUGCCUUAUAUACAUUUGCUAUAAUAAUGAUGAAUCUGUUGAUAGUCUGGUAUACGUUUCGAUCGGCAGACCACAAGGUCGACGAAAAGCACCUCGUCAUGGACAAAGCCAAGACUAUAGUGAGACAGCUGGACGCCAUAGACGACAUCGUCUUUUGCCAUCGUCCAGUUUACAAUUUUAUCAAGACCAAGAUAAACGCAGCUGUGGAUGCCAUGGACAACGACGACGACGAUUUAGCCGCAGAGUACUUUACCGACGCCCUGCUUUUGAUUGGACCCAAUCAAAAAGUUUUGAGAUUAAUGCAUAAUAAUUUACCCCGACACAUUAUCACAAAAAUCAAACACAGUUACGGAAAAUACUUGGAAGAAGUAGACGACAUGGAAACAUAA